UCUCCGUUCGCCGACACCGGCUGACACAUGAGCAGCGCUUUGCUCCAUCACGGUUCCACUCCGAGCUACGCGUUUCGCGGAGUCUGGGACCAAAUACGGAUUGUAUGCUACAGGUCGGGCUGAAGGUCUCAAGCAGAAGCUUACAUGAGGGCUUGAUACAGCUGUAAGAAACCAGAGCAACUCAACUCCCCAGCUAGUCCAGCUAAUAGUAAGUGCCUUUGGUAGCCUCCCUCUGUGAACUUGGCACUUGGUACUCUGAAAAACCCAUCUGAAGCCCACUGGGAGGUCUGCAGCAGCCAGUGAAAGCCUCAGGUGCAAAGCUGGUCAGCGGCAGGCUGAGAGAGAUGAGGACAUGUGUUGUGUUCCUGGCAGCUCUGCUGCUCCCCAGCAUCCAAGCAAUAUGUCCAGAUAAAGAGCCAGGACUCCAACCAUGGAUGCCAGGAAACAGUGAAGACCACCGUGUGACAAUCGGUUAUGGCAGGAAGGUCCUUCUUACAACUUCAGCUACUGUCCACUCCAUUGAGAUUCUUAGUGGAGGAAAGCUGGUAAUUGCUGACACCAACCGGCCCAUACUGUUACGGACAAAACAUAUUCUGAUUGGGAACAAGGGGGAGCUGCACAUUGGAAGCCCAGACUGUCCUUAUAAAGGCAACCUCACCAUUUCGCUAUUUGGAAGACUGGAUGACAGUGAUGAGGAACACAGCUACUUUGGAAGAAAGUACAUUGGCGUGGGGACCGGGGGGACUCUAGAGAUUCACGGAAAAAGGAAGCUGUCAUGGACAUUUCUCAACAAGACCUUACACCCCAGAGAGAGCAACCAAAACAACUACCUGUUCCAGAGAAGCUGGGGGAACCGGGGCAUCAUAAUCCACGUAAUUGAUCCAAAGACAGGCAAGGUGCUGCACGAUGACAGGUUUGACACAUACCGCAGCAAAAAUGAGAGUCACCGCCUUGCAAAAUAUGUUGAUGGCAUAGAGCCUGGGCUCAUACUGGCCAUGAUGGUCAAUGACGAGGGCUCCAACAACUUGGAGGACUCAGCUAAGAAGAGUAUAUCCAGGCUUGGCAGCCAACACAUCAGCAAUCUGGGAUUUCGACAUCCCUGGACCUUUCUAGUGACAAAAGGUGAUGCAUCUUCUGUUGUGGAGGACAUUGCUGUCUAUCAAGGGACUAAGGCCUCUUCAGAAGCCUGGAGCUCUCGUGUUUUUCAGUCAAGUUUUGGGGAGCAUUUCACUAUCACCACCAGGAGCCAGUGGGUUCAAGAGGCAGAGUGGUCAGAUUGGUUUGACAGGGAUGAUCAAAGGGGAUCUGGAGACUGGGAGAAACUGUCUGAUCUGCAUGAGGCCUAUCCAGACCGCCUAUGUAGCAGUCCAUUGGACAUCCAGGCUGAAACCCACGACGGCAUUCCAUCCAACCAGACAGGAGAUGUUAUCCACAAGAAUGACAAGGACUAUGGCUUUGUCUGUCUCAACAAAGACCAGACUCAUGGCCUGUGUCACAACUACAGGGUUCGCUUCCUCUGUGGAAAGCUAGUUCGUCCACAGGCCUUCAUUUCCAUUGACAUAAUGUCAAACAGUAGCAUCCUAGAGCUGGCUGACCACCCUGCAGGCUGGGAGUCUGGGGAUCGGGUGGUGGUGGCCAGUACAGACUACUCAAUGUACCAGGCCGAAGAGUUUACCUUAUUGCCCUGUCCAGUCUGCACAUCCAACCAGGUGAAGGUCAGAGGUCUCUCCCAGUUUAUCCACAUGGGAGAGGAGGUGGAUGGGGUGGAUAUGAGGGCGGAGGUGGGCCUGCUGAGUCAUAACAUCCUGCUCCGUGGUGAGAUGGAGCCUCGCUGCUAUGGCAAUGAGGCCUGCAAAUUCUUCAACUUUGACACAUUCGGAGGACAUUUGAAGGUGGAGCAUGGUUUUAGGGCAGUUCAUAUAUCUGGGAUGGAGCUGCAGCACAUGGGCCAGCAGACAAUGGGACACUACCCUGUCCAUUUUCACAUGAACGGAGAUGUGGAUGAGAGAGGAGGCUAUGACCCUCCAACGUCUGUCAGCGAUCUAUCCAUUCACCACUCUUUCUCCCGCUGCGUCACCAUCCAUGGCUCCAAUGGACUGCUGGUCAAGGAUGUGGUGGGAUAUGACACACUUGGCCAUUGUUUCUUUACGGAGGAUGGUCCAGAAGAAAGGAACACAUUUGAGCACUGUUUGGGUCUGAUGGUGAGAGCAGGCACCCUGCUACCUUCAGACAGAGAUAGCAAAAUGUGUCGUGACAUCACUGAUGGAGCUUACCCAGGAUAUGUACCCAACCCACGUCAAGACUGCAGUGCAACUUCCACUUUCUGGAUCGCCAACCCAAAUAACAACCUCAUCAACUGUGCUGCUGCAGGCUCAGAGGAAACAGGCUUCUGGUUCAUUUUCCACCAUGUGCCCACAGGCCCCUCAGAGGGGUUCUACUCCCCAGGAUACACAGAGCACACACCUAUGGGCCAGUUCACCAACAACAGAGCCCAUUCCAACUUUAGAGCUGGAAUGAUCCUUGAUAAUGGCGUUAAGACCACCAAGGCAAACAACAAGGACAAGAGACCGUUUCUGUCUCUAGUUGGAGCCAGGUAUGGCCCCCACCAGAAUUCCGACCCUUUCAAACCCAGAGUUCCAGCUCUCAUCCACCACUUUGUAGCCUACAAGAACCAGGACCAUGGAGCUUGGCUGAGAGGAGGGGAUGUGUGGCUAGAUGACUGCCAAUUUGCUGAUAAUGGAAUUGGCCUCACUUUGGCAAGUGGAGGGACAUUUCCAGAUGAUGAUGGCUCUCAUCAGCAGGUGAAGAACUCACUUUUUGUAGGUGAAAGUGACAAUCAUGGGAUGCCCCUGCCAGACAAGAGGAUUUGGGGUCUUGGGGGUUCUGAUCUUACUGACAGGACCCUGCCACAUGGCAUUGAUUUUCCAAUCCGGGGCAUGCAGAUCUACGAUGGUCCAAUCAAUGUACAGAACUGUACAUUUAGGAAAUACACGGCACUAGAUGGAAGGCACACCAGUGCCUUUGGCUUCAGGCUCAACAAUUCAUGGCAGAGCUGCCCCAACAAUAACGUUACCAACAUCACCUUCGAACACGUACCUAUUACAUCUCGGGUGUUUUUUGGGGAGCCAGGUCCCUGGUUUAAUAAAAUGCAAAUGGAUGGAGACAAGACGACCAUCUUCCAUGAUAUUGAUGGAUCAGUCAGUGAGUAUCCUGGAGCCUUCCUGGUUAAAGAAGACAACUGGCUGCUUCGUCACCCUGAUUGCAUUGAUGUGCCUGACUGGAAGGCUGCUAUCUGCAGUGGCCACUAUGCACAGAUCUAUAUUCAAACGCGAAACCCUGCCAACCUUAACAUGCAGAUAGUGAGGGAUGAAUAUCCUGAUCGACCCCUAAUACUAGAGGGCGCCCUGGGGAAGAGGAAACAUUACCAGCAGUUCCAGCCAGUGAUCACCUUGGGUAAAGGCUACACUAUUCACUGGGACCAGGAGGCACCUGCUGAGGUCACUAUCUGGCUCAUUAACUUCAACAAAAAUGACUGGAUCAAUGUAGGCCUGUGCUAUCCACAAGGUACCAACUUCACAAUUCUGUCUGACAUCCACAAUCGCCUGACCAAACAAACCCGCAAGACUGGCGUCUUCAUGAGGACCACUCAGAAGGAGAAGAUCAACCACUCGCACCUGGCCAGAGGAUAUUACUACUGGGAGGAAGACACUGGGCUGCUUUUCCUGAAGGUGAAAGCCCACAAUGACAGGGAGAAGUUUGCCUUCUGCUCUGUGAAGGGUUGUGAGAGGGUGAAGCUCACAUCCAUCAUCCCAAAAGGCAGUCCACCCAGCAACUGCUUGGCCAAGGCCUACCCAAAACAUGCCGAGCUGCCAAUCGUAGAUGUUCCAAUGCCCAGAAAGAUGCCCAGUGCCAGGCUGCACUCAACAGAGCACUUCCUGGAGGUCAAACUGGAGUCCUACAACACCCGCUUCUUCCACAUCAAGGAGGACUUUGCUUUUACUGAGGUAAAUGGCAAGAAACUGUACCAACCUGAAGAUGGGGUACACCUGACAGUAAUUGAUGGGCAUGAUGGAAAGAUGGUGGAGAGCAAAGGCUUCAGGAACUCCAUCUUGCAGGGAAUUCCCGCACAGAUAGACAACUACAUCAGUGGACUGAGAGACAAUUCCAUUGUCCUCAUGACGUCCAAGGGUCGCCUGGUUACCAGAGGAUCCUGGACCAAAGUCCUGGAGAAACUUGGCAUAGAGAAAAGCAUCAGUUUGAAAGAUAAACUGGCAUUUGUGGGCUUCAAGGGCUCCUUCCACCCCGACUGGGUCCAUCUGGAGGUGGACAGUGAACGAGCCAAGAUCCAUCAAGUUUUGCCUGUCCCUGUGAUCCACAAGAUGAAGCUAUGAAUGGCAGUCAGAGUGGGGAGGAUGAUCCAAGUGAAUAUUUGGCUCUGUGAUACUGAUACUAUGCCCCCCACCCCCCCAUCCCAAGAAAAAAUAAUUAUAAAUUAUGUGAAAGCACAGUCAGACUCACAUAUACACAUAUAUGCACACUGCUGAGUCAGUUGUUCCCAGCCAAGUGAUCCAGGAUCAAGUGGUAUCUGUGUUUGGUCAUGAGAAAGAUGGUGUGAAUGUGUGUGAACAGUGAAGGCAUCCCUCACAGAGCUAGCACUGCCCAUGAUGAACUGUCAGGCCCUCUAAAGUUAUAGCA